CUGAAGAGCAACAACCUUGAUUCUAAAUUGUCCAAAACCGUUGAACGAAGUGAGGAAUACAUGCCAUUUAAAAACCUAAUUAUUUCAGUAGCUGUGGAAUUAGCAGGUGGUUCAUAACAGGGUACUAGUGACUCAUUUAAACUUCAGUUUACUUCUUCUAUUUUUUUUUUUUUUUUUUUUUUUUUGUGGCUUAAACGCAAAAGUACCUGGUCUCUGUGACUGUCAGGAAAGUGUGCUUUCACUCUGUGGAACUGUCAAUGCCUGUAUAUGUGUGCUCGAAUAUGGCUCCAAAACUUCAAAAAAUAAGAUAAAAACAUGAGAUAUGCAUGGGGAAAGAACAAGAAAUGUUACCAAAGGAUGAUUUCUGAGUGCUGAAAUAAAACAAGAAGAACAUGACUAGAAUCAAUGGAAUAUUCUAUGUAUCACGGGACCUGACAUAGAAAGGCAUCUGUGGAAACCACUACAGAUACAAGCAACCAGCAAUGGAAGGAAACUGGAUCCACCGCUACCGUAAACAACUGGUACGAGCCAUCACUGCUCCAUUUCUAGAAAACAUUGUCAUUUACAUGAAGCGUCUGGACCUCAUCAGCCCAGAAGAAGAGAACCAUCUUAAGGAAGUGACUACUUUGCCAGAUCAGGUGAAAGCAGUGAUCGACAUUCUAGAUGGGAAAGGAUAUAUAGCAUCAGAAUUACUGCAAACCUUCAUCGAAACCACAAACUCACAGCUAUACCUCCACAUCACAGUUUAUGAUCCCAUGGUGCAGAGACAUUUUGAGGUUCUUCAGACCAGAUUUGGAAAUGGCAUGGAGCUGGGCCCAAUUAUGGAGAAGCCUUGUCUAGACAGACUCACCAACCUUCUAUUGAUAGAAGGGUUAACAGAUAUCCAACAAAGAGAGCAUGAUAUUGUUCAAAUUGAGGCUACCAAAGGAGUGAGGAAUAUCUCCAAGAGAAUCCCUUUAGAAAAGCUCUUCCUUCCUCUUUCUAAAGUCAGCAUCCCACCAAGGAUUUCAGUAACUGUGGGUGUGGCUGGGAUUGGCAAAAGCACAUUGGUAAAACUGUUUGUCUACAAAUGGGCAAAGGGAGAUAUCUACAGAGAUACCACAUUUGUGCUUCCUUUCAGUUUUCGUGAGCUUAAUACCUUUGAUAAACUGUCUGCAGAAAAACUAAUUAAGUCAUCAUUCCCACAUCUCACUGAACCCAGUUUUGUACUGAGUGGAACAGCUAAAACAAUACUGAUCAUGGAUGGACUGGAUGAAUUUAAGGCACCAUUAGACUUUUCAAAUACACUAGUUUGCACUGAUCCCAAAAAGGACAUCCAAGUGGAAAACUUAGUCACAAAUAUCAUCCGAGGCAAUUUGUUUUCUGAUGCUUCUGUUUGGGUAACUUCACGACCGACGUCAGCAAGUCAGAUACCAGGGGGGUUGGUUGACAGAAUGACUGAAAUCAGAGGAUUCAGUGAAUUGGAUAUCAAAGAUUUUGUGGAUCAAGUACUAGAAGAGAGAGAUCUGUCUAGUCAAGUUUUAGCAUUAAUCAAAGCUAACAGGCCUUACUACAUAAUGUGCACUGUUCCUUUCAUCUGCUCUGUGGUUUCAUCUUGCAUUGCAUACCUCUCUAAAACAAGUGCAGGGUCUCAAGACAAUGUGGUAGUUCCUAAGACACUUUCAGAAAUAUACUCAUAUUUCUUGAAAGUCACCCUCAAAUGUGACUGGCAGGAAAAGGAGAGAGAGACACCAAGGAUAGAUCAAGUUUCCAGUAGUUGUAAAAAGACUGUAUCCAACCUCAGCAGACUUGCCUUUUAUGGCUUGAUUAAAAAAAAGUAUGUAUUUUAUGAGCAAGACCUAAAGGCGUAUGGAAUUGACCUCCUAUCACUACAAAGCAGCUCGUGUAACAAACUCUUGAUUAAGGACGAAUCUCAUGUAUGUAUUGCUUACUAUUUCAUCCACCUAACUCUUCAGGAGUACUUAGCUGCUUCUUUUUACUAUACAUCAGCUAAACGGGCUAUUUUUGACCUGUUUACAGAAAGUGGCAUGUCAUGGCCAAAGCUGGGUUUCCAUAACCACUUUAAAAAUGCUAUUCAAAGAUCUUUACAGUCAGAUGAUGGUCAGCUAGACAUAUUUGUUCGUUUUCUCUCUGGCUUUCUUUGCCCACAUGCCAAUAAAUUACUAUAUGCUGGGCCCCUGCCAAAAGAAGAACAGAGUAACUACAGAAGUCAGGCAAGCAACUUUCUCCAAAGUUGCCUAAACACAGACUUUGUUAUUUCCUCCCGCACUGUAAAUAUUAUGCAUUGUCUAAAUGAAAUCCAGCACACAGAAUUAGCAAAAACGGUUGAAGAUGCCCUAAAGAGUGAAACUCUAGCCGGAAAACUGUCUCCUAUUAACUGUUCAGCCCUUGCCUACCUUCUACAGGUAUCAGAUGCCUGUAUGGAGGAGACAAAUCUUUCUAACUGUCUUGAUUAUGGUGUCUUUAAAAGCUUGUUGUCUCAACUAUUAUACUGUCAUAACCUCAGGUUAGACAACAAUAGAUUCAAGGACAAUGUGAUGGAGCUUCUAGGGAGCUUGCUGAGUGCCAAGGACUGUGAGAUUCAGAAAAUCAGUUUAGCAGAUAACAAAAUUGGAAACAAAGGGGCAAAGGCUGUAGCAAGAUCUCUCCUUGUCAACAGAAGCCUACGUUUGCUAGACAUGAGGAACAACUGCAUUGGACCAAAAGGUGCAAAAGCAUUAUCUGAUGCCCUGAAGAUUAACCAAGGCUUGGUGUCACUCAACCUCCAGAACAAUAAAAUCGGCGAAGAAGGUGCAGUAUAUGUUGCAGAAGCAAUACAAUGUAACCGUAAGCUCACCAGUCUACACCUGCAAAAGAAUCUGAUUGGACAUGAAGGUGCAAAACGCAUUGCUGAAGCACUUAAAUACAGCAGCAGUCUUCUGGAACUCAUUCUUGCUAGUAACUGUGUGGGAGAUGUUGGAGUUACAGCUUUGGCAGAAGCUCUGAAAGUGAACAGAACCCUUAUAACACUUGAUUUACAGAGUAAUUCCAUCAGUAACAAAGGAAUAUCAGCACUAACAGAGGCUCUGAAGUACAACCAGGGACUCAUUAAUCUGAACCUUCGUGAAAACUCCAUUGGAGUUGGUGGAGCUAAAGCAAUAGCAACAGCCCUACUAGAAAAUGUUAUGUUACAGAAUCUGGAUUUAACUGCUAACCUUCUACAUGAUGAUGGAGCAAAUGCCCUGUCUGUGGCAGUGAAAGAGAACCAGACUCUCUCCUCAUUGCAUCUCCAGUGGAACUUUAUCAGUUCGAAAGCUGCCAAAGCACUUGCCCAAGCAUUACAGUUCAACACGAGCCUUACCAUCCUUGAUUUGCAGGAAAAUGCAAUUGGAGAUGAGGGAAUCAUUGCUCUGUCUACAGCCCUAAAGAUGAAUACAACACUCACAUCACUCUAUCUUCAAGGUACAUCAGUAGGAAUCAAUGGUGCCAAGGCUUUGGCAGAAGCAUUAACAGUCAACCAGAAGCUUUCAGUACUGGAUCUACGUGGAAACUCGAUUGGAGUGGAAGGAGCAAAAGCACUGGCAAAUGCUUUACGAGUCAGCAGAAGCCUUAAAAAGCUGAAUCUACAGGAGAACUCCCUUGGAAUGGAUGGAGCCAUUUGUAUAGCUACUGCACUGACAGGAAACCAUGGGCUAAUGCACAUAAAUCUCCAGGGAAAUCACAUUGGAGAAUCAGGAGCAAAGGUCAUCUCUGAUGCCAUCAAGACUAAGUCACCCAAUUGCACUGUUGAAAUAUAAAGAUGAUGAUAUUGCAUUUUUGAAAUGCAAGGAACAAAACUGAAAUUAUGACUGAAGUUGAAGCCUUGCUAACUGCUUGCAAAUUACAGCCAGGAGAUUUUAUGAGAAGGGAUGACCACUAGGUUAAAUGUUACAGUUAAUAGUGGUAGUUUGGACCGUGGAAUAUAAAUGUGCAGCUCUUAUUAACAGCACUUGCUGCUAUAUAACUGAACAGUGCUGGAUUCUUUAUUGUGCAACACUCUAUACAUGUUUUAGAAGGUAUCUAAAUUGUAACCUGAAUCUUUAAGUAAUCAUGACUCUGAAAUUCCUAACGCAUAUUUUUACUGCAUUUCUGUUAGGUAUUAAUUGACGGAUUAAUGUUUAGCUUUCAUUCUGAUCUUUUUACAUUAAUUCAUGCUUUUCUAUUUUUCAGAAUGUUUGUUAAUUUUUUUGCCUCCUUACUAUCCAGCCAUGGACAUUUGAAUCCUUCUGUUAGACACAAACUACCUUAAAUUGCAGUACUCCAUGGCAUAACAGGAUUCUUGUUCGCUCUUCCCUUACUCUUCUUCUUUUCUCGAUCUGUUCCAUGCAAAUGACCUUUGUAAAGAGCCCAACUUGAAUACGAAUUUAAGGAUGUGCAUGCUAUAAAAAUACCUUUUGCUCCAGUUGUU